AUGUCUGAGAAGUCGCUGCAAGCUCAAGCCGAUGCGGGGCGCCUUGGAUUGCAACGGCAACUGUCUAUCGCACUUCCUUAUGGCUUCUCCUACCCGUUUUUGCUGCAUGGGUUGCAUCUGCUGAUUGCCUAUUUGACACAUUCCUGUUGGGCGAUCCUUGGCGAUGGAAAACGGACGUCGCAUUUGCACCAAAUUUGCAGAGUAGCUGUGGCUGUGCUGACCCGGUGUAAUCGCUCCCUGUUCCCAAACCGGAAGGCGGGAACCGAAGUACCAGAGAACCCACGCUUCAAAAAGCCCCUCAUCGACAUCACAGGGUGUCGAAGCGAUUACGACAUCAGCGGGUAUGACAUCCCGUACGGCAUCACGCGGAGUUGUCAGCGCUGCUGGGGGCUGGGGCCCGCAUUCCGACAUGAUAUGUGGAUGGUGCGGCUUACUGGUACUAUAACUGAAUUGGAUGGGGUGGUUACUGUGGGGACAGCCAAGCAGGGUGGAGAUAGCAGUAAAACGGCGGUGGUGGCGGUAGUGGAAGUUCAGAGGCUCGAGGACUCUAACAGCCAGUCUGCUGUUGCUGUCGCUGCAACCAUUAAUUGUGAAGACGGCCCGUCCCCUCGAAGACUGCCGGCGCUGGAUCGACUGCUGGUGCUGCCGGCGGCCACGGGUUGA